ACAGUAACAAACACUCUUCAGUCUUUAGUCCCCCCAAAAAAUAAAAAAAUAAAAAAAAAUUAAUGUGAGUAAAAAUCUGAUUACUUAUCAAAAUAUAUACAUAUAGGGUUUCUAUUACUAUAUGGAUGGAUAUAUGGAUUGGGAUUACAAUUCUUCUUGGUCAAAUGACUAUCCUCCACCUUACUACGACGACGACGGCGGCAGCCACUUUAAUCACGGCGGUGGUGGAUUCUAUAACGGCGGACACUACAAUCACCACCACGGCAGAUACUACAAUAACCACUUUCAAGACUAUGGUCCCGAACCACCCGAUUCAUUUGGAUACAACAAUGGACCACCAUUUAAUGGACGAAAAAGACAAUUCUACCAUGGACCUUCUGAAUACUUUGAUGGUGGGAAUUGUGCGAAGCUUUAUGUAAGUAAUGUUCCAAAAGAAGUCAAUGUGGAAGAUAUUCAUUCCUUAUUUGGUGAACAUGGAAAUAUCAUUGAGGUUAUUCUGUUUAAGCAUUUACCAAAUCUUCAACAUCGAGAUGGCUGUUUUGUAAAAUUUUCAAAUAUUGAGGAGGCUGACAUGGCUAUAUGGUCAUUAAAUGGUCAGUAUACCUUUCCAGGGAGAAUGCAUCCCAUCGAAGUUAAAUAUGCUGCGAAAAAACCAGAACGCCCAGGUCCAGGGUGGUUUAAGACGCAUGAAAGCAAAGUGGCUGCUGGUUUCUCGAAGACAUAUGAGAACAAAUUGUUUGCUGGUCCCUUGAACAAGCUUGCAUCGAAAGCAGAAAUUGCAGAUAUAUUUCUCCCUUAUGGAUACGUUGAAGAUGUCUAUAUAAUUCUUGAUGAGCACAGGCGCAGCCGUGGUAUGGGAUUCAUCACUUUCACUCAUAGAGAUAUGGCAGCGGCUGCUAUCGAUGGUCUAAAUGGAAAAUAUGUGAUGGAAGGUUGUGAUCAUCCUAUGACUGUCCGGUAUGCAGAACCAAAGAAGCCUAAAUUUGGGGACAACAGAUUUGAACCACACUUCGGUGACCGAGCUGCUCAAUUCUCUCCACAUAGUCGUUCACUUAUGUCCUCACAAGCUGGAAGCGAGGCUCCAUCAGUUUCUAGCAAUGGUUCCAUUCCAAGAGGGGAGACAGCUGAUCCACCCGAAUGUGAUUGGAGUGAGCAUAUAUGUCCUGAUGGCAAUGCAUACUACUAUAAUUGUGUUACAUGUGAAAGCCUUUGGGAGAAACCAAAGGAAUACAGUUUCUAUGAGCAACAACUUGAAAACUACAAUGAUGAUCCGCAGUAUAAUUCUCAUUGGUAGCAGCAUAGGCACUAAUUAUACAAAUUUAGUUUAUUCAAGAAAGAUUAGUAUAUUGCUAGUACUAGGUAUAAUGUGAAGUAUGGAUUGGAAAGUUGAUUUAAUUAAGAAAUGAAUAUGUUUGGUUUGCACA